CUUGUCAACACCUCACCAUGAGCACCCGAGAUACAGAGCCGCCAACCCCGCCCCCUCCAAAGAAAGUCCGCAUUGCUUGUCGCCGAUGUCGAGCAAAACGCGUCAAGUGUGAUGGCGGCAUCCCUGCCUGCAGCAAUUGUUCGCGAGCAAGUGUGCCUUGCGUCGAUGUCGAUGGCCGCAAUCGCGACAUUUUCAUUCCUCGAGACUUCAUCACACAAUGUUGCGCCCGAAUCAGAUGGCUGGAACAACAGAUACGCCUAUUGGACCCCGAAUUCGACUUCUCCAAGGGGCCAUCGGUGAACGCAGCUCAGGUCGAGAUGUCCUCACAGCCCAGCCCAGGAAUCACAGAACCUAGCAACCCUUCCGGCAUGGAGACCCAGCCACAGAACCAUGACAAGCAACCAGUCACGGGGAAAAGGCCAUACGACUCAGUCGAGGGACUUGAACUGGAUCGGCCCCUAUCGGCUGAAGCAUCCUCGGUAGCGAAUGUCCUGGGAAUGCUCUCGCUGCAUUCGGAUUCCAGACAGCAACACUAUAUGGGUUCUUCAUCCGGUCUCUUAUUCACAAAGCUCAUUGGAGCAGACAGAAAUAUACAGACAACAAUUUAUGGGCACCGCACGGAGACUGGCCAUAAUGGGCGAUCGACGGCUUCUCAGCUGUCGACAGCGGCGUAUCACUCCCUAUACCGGAGAUUAGCAAAGGAGCUUCCUUCACCCGAGGACGCUGCAAUCCUACUCGGAAUUUAUUUCCAGCAUAUCCACAUCGACCAGCCAUUCCUUCACCCAGCUUCCCUCGCCAAUGCGUACUGGGCGUUGCAUGAGAGCACACAGACGGAACUCACUGGGAGAUAUGACAGUAACGGGUGGAUGGAAGGCAUACGGCCCUUCUAUUAUAAUGGCAAGAUAGAUCUUGUCGAGGGUAAAGAGUCCACUCCAAUCUCAGUUUUCACAGCCGCAUUCCAUGUUUCCAUGGUAUUUUCUCUCGCAGCAACAGUUCUCACGCGCAAGAAGAACUUUGAUCAUUCUCCGACAAGGUUCUACCGAUUUGCCAUUGUCGAAGCAUCCGACUGUUUUUCUUCAGUAUCGGUGACCGCCUUGCAGGGUAUAUUGCUCCUGGCGGUUCAUAGUAUGAUAUGCCCAGCAGGUCUCAACAUCUGGACGUUGUCACAUAUCGCAAUGUCUCAUUGCAUUGACUUGGGUCUUCACCGGGAGCCAGGCCCAUCAACUGCUUCCAGCCCGACUUUGGCAGUUCAUAGACUGAUAUUCUUUACCGUAUACUCGCUUGAUCGAUCUAUAGCCACUAUUCAAGGCCGUCCCUUGGGCAUCAGGGAUGAAACCUUUGAUAUCCGGUGUCCGACAUUAGAAGAUAUUAGAGGAGACCUACUCGCUGUGGCAAGUCACAAUCUGAAGGUAUCAACACCGUCGCCGGCGCACAUGGCAUUGUCCAUCCGUCGUUUUCAACUGGACCAGUAUAUCUCGGAAAUAAAGCUUCUGUUCUACCACUUACCUAAGGAGCUUCGGCCAAUUGUGUGGCCAGGUGACCUCAAAGGCCUCCAAGCACGCAUUAAGCUUGAUCUGGACGCGUGGCUGACUGAAACAUCCCUUAUCUUACCGCCUGCUGACUGGGACGGAGACACUCUGCGCUUCCAGCAUGAGAAGCUCAAGUUGGAGAUCUUAUACCACUCAGCAAUUACCCUCUUAUUUCAACCUUCUCAAGUUUUUCGUUCGCCCUCACAAAGUGCGCUGCUGCAAUGUUACCAAAGUAGUAGCCGGCAAGUACAGAUCUACAAUCAUCUCAGCACCGAGGAUCAGCUGUAUUACAGCUGGCGAAAUAUUCAUGGGAUAUUUUCUUCGGGUGCGACCAUGGUCUAUUGUAUCUGGGCCUGUCCUGCCAUUCAGGCUAACAUCCCGUUUGCCGAGGUGUUGUGGGAUCUACGAACAUGCUCGAACCUUCUCAGUAUCGGUGGUCAAUGGUGGCCUUCGGUACGUAAUGGCAAGGGAAGCUUCGAUCAAAUCGUGGAUCUUACCAUACGUCGGUUAAGCCGUUCCCGGCCCCCAUCCCCGCGAACGCGGCGUCGACUAGAACCGGAAAGCAUCGAUAUAAGCGGGCAACCUGAUACGGCGCGCACGAAUCUGGCCACGGAACCUCUCUUUGACCGGGGGGUGCCUUCAGGACACCAGGUAAACUACUCAUUGGAGGAUCCUGGUUUACUGCGCCCCGACACGACUUACCUGGAUGCUUCUGACACCGUGGCUAUUGAUUCUGCCAUGGAAAGCUUCCUGGCGGAGUUUGUGCAUGGGGACUGGAGCUGGGAUCCAUUCUCG